GAUCGGUCACGUCGCGUCGGUAAACUACGCUGCCCUCUGUUCCUACACUGCUGAAUUUCUCGACCGUGACGUCACGGCUGGAGUCACGUGACAUUGAGGGCAUUCGAAGGCAUAGCGACGUUGACAUACGAUUACACAUACUGUUUGUAUACACAUGUAGUGUAUACAGUGUACCUACUACAAGAAACUACAGUAUGUUGAGCUGUACAAUAGAAUUAGGAAAAAAAUAAAAGACAAUCAGUAUGUGUCAGUAUGUCCGAUAGAAUACAAAUAGAAUCCGGCACGCAAUUGUUGGCAAGAUUAAUCCGUAGACCAAACCUACGAAGCCUCGAGGGCGCUUUGUUUCCGGAAGGACCUGGAAAUACAGACGUUAUAGAAAUAAAUGGAAUACGUUCAACCGGCAAAACUCUUCUUCUUUCUCAACUGCUUGCAAAAUGCAUCCUGCCAGAUUAUGAUGGGGCCGUUCAUAUUAAAGGUUGCGACGCUUCGGCUGUGUUGAUUAAUACAGACCACCAUUUCCAAAUUACGAAUUUGGUCGAAAUAAUGACUGAUAUUAUAAAUACAGCUUAUGCUCCACUCGUUACGUUGAAUUCGAUCGACACAAAUACAAGGAAUAUAAAUAUUCUACGAAAUUCUCUACAAAAUCUACAUAUAAUAAAUUGUUACCACAGCGAACAGUUUCGUGUGACGUUGCGUACAUUGGACAAUAUAUUUCUUAGUAAUGCUCAAACUGCUCUCUUAGCAAUCGAUAGUCUAACAGCAUAUUAUUGGCAAGAUCGUGAAAAUAAUUUCACCUCGAUUGAUGCCUACAUAAAAAAGUUGUUGAAGAUUAUCAGAUUACAUACAAAUCUAUGUAAGGUAACAACAAUAUAUACAAAAUCUUGGGAGAGUAUCAUAAAAUGCAAAAAUAACAAAUCUACGAUCAAAUACUCGACGAAUACUGUAGAGUACAGAAUACAUUUACGCAAAACAAAAUGUUUGUACAAUCAUAUUUGUAUAUUAGAAACUGAAGAAACCAUUAAAAAAAUGUGUUAUCGUAUGUCGGCAAAUGGUGUCAAAUGGGAAACUGAUUGAGAAAAAGGAUAAUUUCCAUUGUAUUUACAAAUUUUGUUAAAACAGUACAUCAAUGGAACAAUAUUUUAUCCAUUAUAUCCAAUGGAUUUAACAAUCUAGAUCCUGCCAACAUUAUACGUGGUGUUUUAUUCUGACCGCGAUUUAAAGCAAUUUCCUGUAUUAAUUUUGCCUCCUCCGCAGUAAACCCUCCAAUAAUGAAUAAUAAAAUAUUGGAAUUGUCGCGUGGAUGACGCUUUGCUUUACCCCUUAACAGUAGGCUACGAUAUACAAGAAAUACAUUACGUUCGAAUACAAUUGCGAUAAAAUUGAUUAUGCUCAAAUAUUGUUAAACUUGUACUUACUUAAAGCCAGCUGAAAUUAAAGAUGGCGUUCGUUGACGUAGGUCCCGUAAUUCUCGAGUCUUGUCAGCGAAAAGUAUAUCCUUAGCUAUCUGUUCCAAAAUACUAACAUACUGGAUUGUUUCUUUCGAAGUUGACUUGAUCAUGAGAUCUCUACGAACGGUAAAUGUUUGAUUCAGUAAAAUUACAUCUACAAUUUCUGAUAUCACAUUUGAAAAUUUACCUGUAAUCUUGUAGCAACGAACGUUGUUUCGCUAUUAAUCGAAGAGUGCGAAGGAUACGUGCUGCUAUUUUAUACGACGUUUCUCGCGCAGCAGCCGCAUUGUUUAUUCCUUACAUAAAAAUAAUUAAAAUAAAUUAUUUGCAGUUUAUAGCAUUCGAAUGAUGUAGCGUGCAAUGUAUACCCAACAAUAACAAAGAUCGCUGAGAAGCAGAUAUUUUGUUGGUCGAUGGAUUCUUUUCAAAAAUUUCGAAAUCUUCAAAAAUUGCAUCUGCAAUCGAUUGCUCCAAUUGUUGUUCUUGUUGUGUAGGAAAGCGAAUUUGCGUUCCCGUUAAGGCGUAAACGUGUAUUAACAAUGCCAACAAAUUUUCAAUGUUGAGACCUCUAUGAAGUCGUGUUCGUAUAACGUUACUCAACUGGAAAGAUCACUUAAUUGACUUUAACUUGUAAACCUUGCAAAAGCUUGGUUAAAACAGUAUUACUGAUUAUACUUGCGCGAGUAUACUAGACGAUUCGCGGCUCGCAGAAAGAUUCUGUAAUGCCAGUUUCUCUAAGCUGGUAAGUAGUUCAAAUUGACUGGUUUUCUGCGAUGUUGAUGCUUCGACUAUCGCCAUAAUACUCUGCAUUAUGAAAAACUCUGCUGAUUGAAAACGAUCAAUACAUAUCCUAUAGCUACACAAAAGAAGAUCCUACGAAAUCACCUGCACUUUCUCUGUAUGGACGAUCAUAGAAUCAAUGAUAUUCAUAUUUUGAAGUUUGCUAACAGCCCUUUCUAAACUGUGACCCGAUAUUCUCAUUGGUGUUCUUAACUUUGUACUAUCCUUCAUGGAAGUUAUAUCAUUCAGCAUUUGAUUUGCUGCAGUUAACAAUUUUUUUUCGCUUUCUAAGAUAAAGAGAUCGAUCGUAGCUUUCUCUAUGCUUGCCAAACAUCCUGGUACAUCGUACGUUUGUAAUAUUCCCUUCGUACGCAUAUGAAAAGAUACGGUGAUUUAAUCGAGACUAUCAAAGCAAAUGCAACUUGUAAAAUAUACAAACAUAUCGAAUUUUACGCUACCUCUACCAGUCCAAAUGCAGGAGAUGUAUUAAUUGCUACAUCAUUGUUGUGCUGUGGCAAACGCGGAAGUGCUCCCAAUAUUUUAGUAAGGAAUGACUCCAUAUUAUUGCUAGUAGGAGUACAGAGAUCUAAUGUUCUGUCUAUUAAGAUAAGGGACACUCCUGUUUCUACAACUUCCGAUGAAUGCUAUAAAAAAUAAAAAUGAACAGUUAGCAUUA